AUGCCUUCUACACGCGGCAACUCCAACCGUCGUUCCCUGGACCAACAGCAACAACAACAACAACAGCGACAACAGCAACAUCAUCAGCAACAGACGAAACAACAGAAACAACAACGGGGACAACAGCUGCAACGGCAGGCACCACAGCCCCAGUUGCUAGGUGCCAAUAGUGACCCAAAUAUGGAAAAUCUGGCAAAUAUAGACGAGUGUGAACUGACCCAGUUGACUGACUCGCUGUCGGAGGAGUCUAAAGUGCUCGUUAAGGUUCUGACACGUAUGAUCUCUAUGAAAAUCAAGGAUGAAAUUAAAGGCUUAAAAGAUAAACUUGAAGAAAAAGACUCCCAGAUAGCAAGUCUAAAGGAAGAUAUCUCCCAAUUGAAUGAAAAAAUACAGAUUCUGGAAACAAACAUCGAUAGUGUCGACCAGUACGAACGGCGUGACACCAUUAUAGUGAGUGGUCCUGUGCUACAGGAAGAAAAUCCAGCAGAAAACGCCGCCAACAUCAUCACAUCUAUGUUCAAAGACCAUCUAAAAGUGAACAUCAGUUACAGUGACAUAAACAUAGCCCACAGAAUUGGAUCAGUGAACACACAACGCAAACGACCUAUCAUAGUGAAGCUCACGAAUCGAUCCCUAAAACACGACCUCAUAGGAGCCUGCAUCAAAAUGAAACCACAACUCUACAUAAACGAAAGCCUCACGCCGAAACGACUCAGCCUCUUCAAAAACAUCCUCAACAUCAGACGUGAGCAUAGGGACAAGUUUCAGCAGUGCCACACUAAAGAUGGGAAGAUAAUCAUCAAACUCAAGAACUCCACCGUUAGACAUGAAAUAAUAGAUGAACGGACAUUGCUCGCCUUCCUGGAUAAGUACCCCCAAAUGAAAGACUCAUACCUCUUGACAGUUAACUCUGCAUAA